AUGUCUAUGGCUCUGAAAUUGUUGGGUAAAGGUUUGUGGUUGCUCUUUGUUCUUUCUGUUGUUCCUCCUGUUAUAUAUAUAGUUAUAUACUCGUGGGCUGGUAUUGUUUCUGCUAUGGGAGGAAAAUAUAUUAGUGAACUGAAUCUGCCGAAGACAUGUAGCAUGUCAUUCCCUAAUGGCAAAGAUGAUCUCAUGAAUAUUGUAGUCACUAUCCGCUCUGAUGAGGGAUAUUAUCUGGGUGGAACAUUUGUUUUCUCGUUCCAAAUCUCUCCCCUCUAUCCUCACGCCGCGCCGAAGGUUAAAUGCAAGACGAAGGAACCGAACCACGAGGAUCCUCUCAAUCAUGAUGCUGCUGCUGCAGUAUUGAGAGAUAACCCGAAAACGUUUGAGUCUAACGUUAGGCGGGCCAUGACUGGUGGCUAUGUGGGACAGGCUUACUUCCAACGGUGCAUAUAG